GGGGCCACGCCGCACCUGCGCAACCUCUCCGUGGCCAUGUGCACCCGCUACGACCCCAUCCCUGUGUCCACUGCCCUCCUUGGGGACAUGUCCGACACGACGUCCACCGGCCUCGCCCAGCGCUUAGCCAGGAAGACCAGCAAACAGGUGUUUGUCAGCUAUAACCUUCCAAACACCGACAGCAGCUUCACGUUGCUGGUAGAAAACAGGAUCAAGGAGGAAAUGGAGGCCUUUCCCGAGAAGUUCUAG